AUGCUGGCCCGUCUAGUAAAUUCCCAGAGUUCUAGUGAGAUAAGUGGGUCUAUAUACAAUAAGGAUGGGGAGAUGGUGGAGGAGAUUGAGAAGGUAGCUGAGGUAUUUGAGGAAUUCUUCAGUAAGUUAUAUAACUCAGAAUCUCAGGUAGCGGAGUCUGAAAUCAUGGAUUAUUUGCAAGAGGUGAACCCACCCAGAAUUACAGCACAGGAGGGUUUAGAUUUAGACUCCCCUAUUAGUUUGAGAGAGCCUUUAGCUAAUAUGAUUAAGAAGCUUUCUAAGGUGGAAGAGCUUUUUAUGAAUAAGGAAGAACAUAGACUCUCCCUGUAUGCAGAUGACCUCCUCUUCGUCAAGGACCCGGUAGUGGCAUUGCCAGAGAUUAUUGGGGCCUUUUCAAGCACAAUGAGAAAUUAUAGACGUCUCACUGUGACUGAGACAAGCUGUCUGUCUUUCAUACAGAAAGAGCUGCAAACAACAUUAUCAAAACUGAGGUCUGAUAUCUCAUAUCUUUGUGAGAAAAUGAUGCAUUCAUCCUAUCUGGUGUUUUUGCUCUGUGUGUGGUUUCCUCUUGAAACAGUGUGCAAUGAAGGGAAGACUACUAAAGAAAGAAUGGCUGUUCUACCACUUCAAGAUUUCAACAUUAACGUUUCUCCUGGAAUCAUCAAUAUUACUUGGAACUGCAACAUAACAAAGUUAAUGAAGAAUAUCAGUUGUAAUAAUGUGGUCUUUGAAAAUGAAUAUCAUACAAAGCUAAAUGUGAGCAUGUGUUCACUGGUAUAUGAAGUUUACAGCUAUAUGGAAUUCAUUCUACACAAAGGAGUUAGUGUUCAGCUUUGUAAAGAGAAUGAUAAUAGCAUGAAUAUGGACACAAAUGUAUACACAUAUUUUCCUGAUGGGAAAAAUAACACCGCUGCUGAGAAUUUUUCCUGUGUGAUAUACAGUGUUUACAUUAUGAACUGCUCAUGGACUGUGGGAAAAGAAGCCCCUGAAGAUACUCAAUAUACUUUGGUUCUCAGACAGAAAAGGAAAAAUAGAUAUGAGACGUGCCAAGACUACAGAAUCGAUUCAUUUGGGAGACAAGUCGGAUGUGUUUUGAAACGUCCAAAUAUUUAUUUCAAAUCAAAAGUGUAUGUAGAAGUGUUGGGAUUAAGCAACCAAACUACAAUUCAGUUCUACGAUGAAGUUUUAUUUCCAAAUCAUCAUGCCAUUUUGGAUCCUCCGAGAAACAUAACUGUGGCAUAUAAUUCAGAUGAGCUUGAAAUUAAAUGGCAGAAGCCAGAAACGUAUGAUAACAUGGGGGACCAAUGUUUUUCAUACAAUAUUAACAUCAACGACAAAGAGAAAAUUUACUUGACAGAAGAAAAUGUUUAUAAAACUACUAAAUUCUAUCCGAAUGAAAAAGUAAAUGUUACCAUGAGGGUGAAAUGGUUUGAAUACUGUUCAAACAAUGAUAAGUGGAGCGCAUGGAGCGAGCCAAAGAUAAUUGGAUAUAAUUCUACGCAGUUAACACCACAUCACAUUUUGAUUGUACUAGGAGUAGGCACUGCUAUUAUUCUCAUUGUUCUCAUAAUCCUGUGUUAUAGGUUCAGAAUAUGGAAAAAACUGUUUCCACAAGUUCCUAAACCAUCAAUGAAACUGUUUGAAGAAGUUGAAGAAAAAGAAAAGGCAAUGCAAAAAGAUUCUGAAACUCAAAUCUCAUUAAUGAAAAAAGAAGAAGAAAUCGUAUGCUCUUAUGUGACUGAAAUGCCAGAAAAGCUCUAAAUUUAUAUAUAUA